GGGCGGGGGCGGGCGGCGGGACCUACUUUCCUCUGGAAAUGGCCGCGCCGGGGAGCACCGAACGCCCCGCGCCCCGAGACCCGUCGGCGUAGGGCGGCCGCGGGGCUGUGGCCCCCCAGGAACGCCGGAGGCAGGAUGGACGAACAGAAGGUGCCCAGUGAGGAGAAGGAUGCAGCCGCGCCAGCCGAUGGGGUCAUGGCCUCGGAGGAGAUGGGCAGCGCUGAGGGGGACCCCCUGAAACCCCCCGAAGGAGCCUCUGCGGGGCCAGAGCCGGACAGCGCGGGCAUGGAGGGACCUCCCGAGGCUGCCAGCCCGCUGGGCCGCCGCUGUGCCCUCUGCAACUGUGGGGACUGGAGCCUACACGGGCAGCGGGAGCUGCAGCGCUUCGAGCCGGUGCCCGACUGGCCCGAGCGGCUGGUGGGCCACGAGCCCCCCGAUGGGCCUGGCCAGCCUCCCCCAGGGCCCAGCCAGCUCCCCCCAGAGCCAGAGCUGGCGGGUGACCUGGCACAGAUCGGCUUCUCCGAGGGGGUGACCCCAGCGCAGCUCUUCGAGCCGACAGGGCACUGCUGGGUGCACCACUGGUGCGCGGCCUGGGCAGCUGGAGCGGGGCCAGAGGCGGGCGGCGUGGCCAGAGCUGUUUUCUCAGGGAUCUCACAGAAAUGUGAAUGCUGCGGGCGGGCGGGGGCCACCAUCCCGUGCCGGGCGGCCGCCGGCUGCUCCCGCCUCUACCACUUCCCCUGCGCCGCCGCCAGCGGCUGCUUCCAGUCCAUGAAGACCCUGCGGCUGCUCUGCCCCGAGCACGUGGCUGAGGCCGUGGACACGGAGGACGCGCGGUGCUCGGCGUGCGGUGGGCUGGGCGACCUGCGGGACCUGGUGUUGUGCACCAGCUGCGGGCAGCACUUCCACGGGGCCUGCUUGGACAUCUCCCUGACGCCCCGCAAGCGCUCGGGCUGGCAGUGCCCCCAGUGCAAAGUGUGCCAAACCUGCAGGCAGCCCGGCCGGGACUCGGCCAUGCUGGUGUGCGAGGCGUGUGACAAGGGCUACCACACCUCCUGCAUGGAGCCAGCCACCCCGGGCCUCCCCGGCGGCUCCUGGAAAUGCAAGAACUGCUGGGUCUGCUCAGACUGUGGCCAGCACCCCGUGGGGUUUGACUCCAGCUGCCAGUGGUCCCCGGGGUCUGCAGUGUGCGGGGACUGCCAGCGGCGCCGUGCCACGGCCGAUGUCACCACGGCGCCACAGCACUCACCACAGCCCAGCCCGCCCGCCCAGACGUCAGAGUCGCCUGUCCCCAGUGAGCCGAUGGAUGCGCCUGUGCCCCCGCCUGAGCUGGAGCCUGUGCGGGGCGAUGAGGAGACACAACCACUCGUGGAACCCACCGAAGCACCCCCAGACCCCAAAGAGGCACCUCCAGACCCCAAAGAGGCACCUCCAGACCCCGAGGAGGCUCCCCCAGGCAAUGCUGAGUCUCCUCCUGGCGAGCUGGCCUCUGUGGAGGUGCCCCCCAGUGAGGAAACCCCUGAAGAACUGCCCACUGAUGAACUGCCCCUUGAUCAGCCUCCCCCCGACACGCAGCCCUCUGACGUUCAUCCUCCUGAUGUGCAGCCCCCUGAGGAGCCCCUUCCUCUCAUGCAGCCCCCCGAGGAGGAGCCCCCCUCCGAGGAGCUGCCCCUCGAGACACCCUCCCUUGCUGAUGUCACCAUCCCUGACAGACCCUGCCCUGAAGAGUUGCCCCCCAGUGAACCACCCCAUAACGAGCUGCCCCUCGACAUCGCUCCCCUCACCGAGCUGCCCCCUGAGAAACCAGCGUUUGAAAAGUCACCCCCCCACGAGCUGCCCCCUGAAGUACAGCCCAUUGACAAAUCACCCCCUCAUGAGCUGCCCCACAACAGGUCACCCCCAAAACCUCCCCUGGAGGUGCCACCCCUGGAGGAGCCACCCCUGGAGGUGCCACCCCUUGAGGAACCCUCCCUGGAGGAGCCACCCCUGGAGGAGCCACCCCUCGGGGAAACACCCCUUGAGGAGCCACUCCUUGAGGAGCUGCCCCUCGAGGAGCUUCCCCUUGAGGAGCUGCCCCUCAACAAGCCACCCCUUGAGGAGCUGCCCCUUGAGGAGCUGCCCCUUGAGGAGCCACCCCUCAACGAGCCACCACCCGAGGAGCUGCCUCUUGAGGAACCACCCCUUGAGGAGUUGCCCCCCGAGGAGCUGCCCCCCAGUGAACAACCCCCCAAUGAGCUGCUCCCCAAGGAACCUCCUCCCGAAGCUCUGUCCCCCGAGAAGCUGAGCCCUGAAGAGCCCCCCCUUGUUGAGUUGCCCCCUGAAGAGCCAGUCCCCAGCGAGCUGCUCCCCGAGGAGGACCUGAAGCCACCAGGUCUCCUCCCCGAGGUGACAGUGGCAGAGGAAGCACCAGCCCUGGCUCCAGAGGUGCUCCCCGAGGAGGAGAUGGAGCUGGAGCCAGAGCCCUCCCUGCCCCCUGAGAUGACACCCCCACCCUCAGCUCCCCCAGCUCUCCGUGCCAUCUCACCCGCACGGACCCCAGCCCCCUCCCCUGAUGCCAAGGAGGACGAGGUGCUCGAGCCCCCCACCCCAGCCCUGCCUGAGCCCCCUGGCAGCCCUGGCACCGCCAUGGACACCGACCCCCCUGGCUCUCCACCGCCACCCCUGGGCUCCCCUGCUGUCACCCUGGCCCCCACUGAGCCACCUGAGGAUGAGGAGAUGGAGAUGGCCGGUGGCGAGGGGGAGUCCCCAGCCAGCCCCCCUGGAGACGCCCCCCACGGCAGCCCAGCCCCUGAGCUGGGGCCCUUCCCAGGCCUGCCUGAGGAGGAGGAGGAGGAGGAAGAAGAGGCGCCGAGGCUGGAGAGGGAGGGCACCAGCGGAAGCUCCCCGCCCCUCAGCGAGGAGGAUGCGCUGGAAGAAAGCCGGGCUGGGGGGGACCCCGAAGUCAAGGGGUCGCCUUCGGGGUCCCCCCUGCUCCUGGAGCAGGAGGAGCUGGGCCCUGAGACCCCCAUGGAGGUUUGCACUACCGGCGAGAAGCUGCUGGGCCACGGGGACGAGGUGUGCCCCGAGCCCCCCGCACUGCGCCCGCGCCCCGACAUCCUCAACGAGAUCUCCAACCUGAGCCAGGGGGACACCAGCAGCAGCUUCCCGGGCUCGGAGCCGCUGCUGGGGUCCCCAGACCCUGAGGGUGGGGGAUCGCUGUCCCCUGAGCUGGGCCCGGCCUCGGCUGACGCCAGCCUGCAGAAGGAGGACGCCGGGUCGCUGCCUCUGGGCGCCGAGACCGAUGACUCGCUGCUCUUUGAGCCAGCAGCCAAGGGUGACGGGGACAAGAGCCGGCGCCGCAGCUCCCCGGGGCGCUCCCGUGUCAAGCAGGGUCGCAGCAGCAGCUUCCCCGGGCGGAGACGCCCCCGAGGUGGGUCCCAUGGGGGCCGAGGCCGGGGCCGUGCGCGCCUGAAGUCGACAACGUCAUCUGUUGACACCUCAGCACUCGCUGACGUGGAGAGCUCGCCCAGCAAGGAGGAGGAUGAGGAUGAUGACGACACAAUGCAGAACACGGUUGUCCUCUUCUCCAACACUGACAAGUUUGUGCUCAUGCAGGACAUGUGCGUGGUGUGUGGCAGCUUCGGGCGUGGGGCCGAGGGGCACCUCCUUGCCUGCUCCCAGUGCUCCCAGUGCUACCACCCUUACUGCGUCAACAGCAAGAUCACCAAGGUGAUGCUGCUGAAGGGCUGGCGCUGCGUGGAGUGCAUCGUGUGCGAGGUGUGCGGCAAAGCCUCCGACCCCUCGCGCCUGCUGCUCUGCGACGACUGCGACAUCAGCUACCACACCUACUGCCUGGACCCGCCGCUGCAGACCGUGCCCAAGGGCGGCUGGAAGUGCAAAUGGUGCGUGUGCUGUGUGCAGUGCGGGGCCGCGUCCCCUGGCUUCCACUGCGAGUGGCAGAACAACUACACUCACUGCGCGCCCUGCGCCAGCCUCGUGGUGUGCCCCUUCUGCCGCGAGAAGUACGUGGAGGACGAUCUGCUCAUCCAGUGCCGGCACUGCGAUCGGUGGCUGCACGCCGCGUGCGACAGCCUCUUCACUGAGGAGGAGGUGGAGCAGGCUGCGGAUGAAGGCUUCGACUGCAGCGCCUGCCAGCCCUACGUGGUCAAACCUGCGCCCGCGCCUUCCGCAGAGAUGAUCAAAGCCAAGGAUCCAGAGCCCCAGUAUUUCCGCUUCGAGGGCGUGUGGCUGACGGAGACGGGCAUGGCCGUGCUGCGCAACCUGACCCUGUCGCCCCUGCACAAGCGGCGGCAGCGCAAGGGCCGCCCGGGCACCCUCAACGGGGAUGGGGGGCUGGAGGGGGGCGACCCCCUGGGCCCUGAGGACAAGAAGGACGGUGACCUGGACACCGACGAGCUGCUCAAAGCCGAGGUGGGUGUGGAGCACAUGGAGUGUGAGAUCAAGCUCGAGGCUCCGGCCAGCCCUGACCGCGACGCUGGAGCCGACGGGGACUCAGGGAAGGGGCUGGAGGACCCUGAGGAGUGCAAGAAGAGGAAGCGCAAACCGUACCGGCCUGGCAUCGGCGGGUUCAUGGUGCGGCAGCGCAAGUCCCACACGCGGCUCAAGAAGGUCUCAGCGGUGCUGCCGGACGUGGGGCGCGAGGGGCAGGGCACCGAGGGACACCCUGAGGAUGGGACUCCCGGUGAUGUCCCAGCCGAGGCUGGCCUGGAUCCAGGCUCAGGAGAGGGGGACGAGAAGAAAAAGCGCCGGGGACGGAAGAAGAGCAAGUUGGAGGACAUGUUCCCCCCGUACCUGCAGGAGGCGUUUUUUGGGAAGGCACUGAUGGACCUGAGCCGGAAGGCGCUGCUGGCAGCAGGAGGGGUGGGGGACGGGGCUGCCCGCCCCUCCUUGGGCCAGGGUGCCCCAAGGCCCAAGGGGGACCCCAACCUCACUGGGGCACUGCACGGGGGCACCGCGGACAGGAGGGAGACCCCCACCCACCCCCGAGGCGACGACAGCACUGACGGCAGCGCCGCCGCUCCCGAUGACGAUGGCAAGGACGACGCCAAGGCCGAGGACCUUGGGGCAGACGAGCCAAAGGAUUCCCCAGACCGCGGGGACAGUGAAAAACCAGCCACGCCGGGCGAGGGAGCGCUGAGCUCUGACCUCGACAAGAUCCCCACGGAAGAGCUGCCCAAGAUGGAGAGCAAAGACGUGCAGCAGCUCUUCAAGGACGUGCUGGGCUCGGCGGAGCGCGGGGAGCAGCCCCUGAACUGCGUGGCUGCGGGGAUGGAGGCCGGGCAGGACCCCAGCCGAGCACAGCGGCCAUUCCUGCAAGGAGACCUGCAGCUCUCCGGGCAGGGGAGCGCUUCCCUGGGCUCACUCUCUGGAUCCGUCUCCUUGGACUCAUACUCGGGGGUCUGCCAGUCCCCAUUCCUUGAUAACAGGGAGCGGAGCGGCUUCUUCAGCCCAGACCACUGCGAGCCUGAAAGCCCCUGGGCCAGCAGCUCAGCUGCCACCACCCCCUCGACCCCCACGACGCCCACGACGGAGGGCGAGGGCGAUGGGCUGUCCUACAACCAGCGCAGUUUGCAGCGCUGGGAGAAGGACGAGGAGCUGGGUGAGCUCUCCACCAUCUCCCCCGUCCUCUACGCCAACAUGAACUUCCCCAACCUCAAGCAGGAUUAUCCAGACUGGUCGAGCCGCUGCAAACAGAUCAUGAAGCUCUGGAGGAAAGUCCCUGCCACGGACAAAGCCCCGUAUUUGCAAAAGGCCAAAGAUAACCGGGCGGCUCAUCGCAUCAACAAGGUGCAGAAGCAGGCCGAGAGCCAGAUCAACAAGCAGACCAAAGGGGAGGGACUGCGCAAGCCUGAGAGGCCCUCGCUGCACCUGCGGAUCCCCGUGCCGCCAGGGGCACAGCCCGUCUACAUCAGCAGCCCCCCCGCCACCGGCGAGGGCUUCCUGAAGCCCCCCGCGGGUGCCGGAGGGGGCCCGGAGUCUCCCAGCGAGCUCUUCCUCAAGCUCCCACCCCAGUCCCCUGCCCAAGUGCCUUCGCACGAUCCCUACGGCGCGGCCCCCGCCUACGCGCUGGAGCCGCGCUUCCCCUCGCCCCUGGGCCAGAGCCCCACGUCGGCUGCUGCCUUCCAGCCCUUCCCUGGCCAGCCCCAGCCCCUCACAGCCCCCCGUGCUCCCCCCGAUUUCCACCCAACCCCACCUGGCACCCCCCGGCACCAACCUGGCACUCCUGACCCCUUCCUGAAGCCCCGGUGCCCUUCCUUGGACAACCUCUCAGUGCCAGGGAGUCCUGGGGCACGGCCUCCCGAGGCCCUGCUCUCUCCCCUGCCUUUCGGGGAGCAGAAGAAGGGUCUGGAAGUGAAGAAAGAGGAUGGGGGAAGCCUGGGGGUCUGCUCGCCCGGCUACACUUCUGCCAUGGGCUACGGGGACUCCCCAGGUGGCCCCCACCUCUCGGCUGCGGAGCUGAAGGCGGCCGACGUCUUCAAAGCCCCCAUGACCCCACGGGUCUCUCAGGUAGAGCCGCAGAGCCCGGGGCUGGGGCACCGGCCCCCCGACCCCCAUCCUCUGGCCCCCUCGCCCCCCGGCCACCCUGAUCUCUACCGUCAGUCUCCCUACCUAGACCCCUACUCGCAGCCCCCGCUGACGCCCCGGCUGCAGCCCCCCGAGGCCUGCUGCGCCCUCCCACCCCGCUCUCUGCCCUCCGAACCCUUCUCCCGCAUCCCCGCCAGCCCCCAGUCCCAAUCCAGCUCCCAGUCCCCUCUGACCCCCCGCCCUCUCUCCAACGAAGCCUUCUGCCAGUCCCCCGUCACCCCUCGCUUCCAGUCCCCGGAUCCCUACUCCCAACCGCCCUCCCGGCCGCAAUCCCGGGACCCCUUCACCCCCCUGCACAAACCCCCCCGUCCGCAGAUGCCGGAGCCGGGGUUCAAAUCAGUGGGGGCUGCUGGCGGAGGUUUCGGGGGCACCCCAGCAGGUGACCCCCACCCCAAGGCGCCGGUGGGGCCGCAGCCGCCCUUCGCCCGCUCGCCCGGUGCCAGCGUGUUCGCAGGGAGCCAGCCCCCCAUGCGCUUCACCUUCCCCCCGGCCGUCUCGGAGCCGCUCAAGGGCUCCCCGUCCCACCAGCCCCACGGGAUCAACAGCCAUUACAGCUCUGGCAAGCCCCAGAGCUCGGCCUACGCCUCGUCGCCCAGCUUCCACCAGGCCAGCAGCCCGCUGGGGCCUGGCACUGCCACCCCGGACUCGUACAGCCUCUCGCCCCUGCGGCCACCAUCGGUGCUGCCGCCGCAGCCCCCGGCACCCCCGCAGCAGCAGGACCCUUCUGGAACCUUCCUGCCCCGCGCUGCGCUGGGGCUGACGGCUGACAAGAGGGAGGAGGUGGCUGCGGGGCUCUCUGCACCCCCAAACCGGGACCUGGCAGAGCUGCCGGGGGGCCAGGACGGGGCUCUGGGCACCAUGAGCCAGUCGGAGCUGGAGAAGCAGCGGCAGCGCCAGCGGCUCCGGGAGCUGCUCAUCCGCCAGCAGAUCCAGCGGAACAGCCUUCGGCAGGAGAAGGAGAGCGCGGCUGCUGCCGCCUCCUCCUCACCAGCUGGCUGGGCCCCUGAGGCUGGCGGGCAGAGCUUCGAGCUGAGCCGGGGCAUGGCCCCGUAUCAACCAGCACAGGACAAGGCUCUCCUCGGGACUCUGGCCACAGCAGCCGGCGCUGGGAAGCUGCCCGGCUCCGUCAUGGUGCAGGCGGCGUUCGCGCAGGACGAGCGGCUCUCCCGGCCCCCGCCGGCGGCCACGCCAGCCAUGCUGGACAUCAGCGGGCGGGCGGCGGUGGGCCCCCCCCAGGCCUUCUACCCCCGUGGGGUCUUCCCGUCGCCAUCCGCGCAGCAGCAGCAGCAGCAGCAGCACCUCUGGCAGCAGCAGCAGCAGCAGCAGCAGCAACAAGCAGCCGUGGCGGCCCUGCGGCUCCCUGUCACCUCCCGCUUCGCCCCCCCGGCCGCUGCCACCCCCAUGGGCAGCCUGGGCACCCGCCUGCCCACCCCUGCUGAGGCCGUGCCCCCGUCACCGGCUGCCCUGGGCGCUCCCUUCAUCGAGCUGCGACACAACGUGCAGAAGGGACCCGGGGGUGUCGUGGGCUCUCCCUUUGCCCCCCAGCCACCCCGGCCUCGCUUCUUCAUGCCCGGGGAGGAGGGCACCCCGCAGGCCCUGUGCACUCCUGUCAUGCCCAUGCAGGCGCUGCCAUCUCAGAAGGUUCCAGCACCGCUGCCGCCUGCGUCCCCGCAGGGAGCUGAGAUGGGCAACAGCCACCAGCAGCCCCACGCCAAGGCAGCGCCGCCGCUGCCGGCGCCCACCCUGGAGCUGCAGCAGCACAUCCCCCCGCGCCCGCUGCCCUCCGGGGCCGCCCUCCGCCCCGAGGCUCCCAAGGACGGCCCCGCUGCAGACCCUGCACCGGCCCCAGGGAAAAGCCACCUGAGCCUGGAGGGCGGGCGGCUGCCCUGCGAGGUGCCCGUGGAGCCCGAUUUGGAUGAUGAUUUCGGCUCCCACAAGGACUUGGAAGAUGAUGAUGAUUUGGCCAACCUUAGCCUGGAUCCAGAUGUGGCCAAAGGGGAUGAUGACUUGGACAACUUGGACAACCUGGAGACAGCAGAUCCCCACCUUGAUGACCUGCUGAAUGGUGAUGAGUUCGACCUGCUGGCCUACACUGACCCCGAGCUGGACACGGGUGACAAGAAGGACAUCUUCAACGAGCACCUGCGCCUGGUCGAGUCGGCCAACGAGAAGGCUGAGCGGGAGGCCCAGCUCAAAACAGAACCAGCAGCGCCCACACUGAAGCUCCCUGACCCUGGGGACAGCAAAGAUGUGACCCCAUCUGCGGAGGAUCAGGAGGUGCCCAAGGAAGGACUGGUGUCUGGGAUGGCCUUGGGACUCUCUGCCUGCCCCACAGGUGCUGUGCUGGGCCCCGACCAGGCUUUCAAGGCACAGGGUACGGAGGUGAAGUCCAGCUCGCUGCCCACUGAUGUCAAGCCCAAGCUGGAGGACGGCUGCCUGAAGACCUCCCCCUGCCAGUUCACCACCCCUGGCCCCGAGCGCCUCCCGGUGCCGGUCAAGUCAGAAGCGCUGCAGGGCACGGAUAAAAUCUCUGCCUCCCUGGGGCUGAGCGUCAAACCUGGCCAGACCCUCCUGAGCUCCAGCGCCGGUCCCACUCGCCUUGGCCUGACUCAAUUCUCCAACAGUGGCCACGCUGGUGUCCCCGUGCUGGAGAAGGACCCCUACACCGGCCCUGGCCGUGGCCUUGCAACCACCCAGCUGGGUGGCCAGAGCAACCCCUUGCUGGAGAAAUUCGAGCUGGACAGCGGAGCCUUGGGGCUGGGCAGUGCCCGACACUCGCCAGCGGACGACUUGGACAAGAUGGAGAGCUCCUUGGUGGCCAGCGAGCUGCCCCUGCUCAUCGAGGACCUCCUGGAGCACGAGAAGAAGGAGCUGCAGAAGAAGCAGCAGAUGUCAGCCCACCUGCCCCGUGGCACCCCCCACCUCCCAGCCCCGGGGCACCCCAUGCUGCACACAGGAGCAUCCGGGCAGCCUCCCGAGGGGCAGCCACCCCGUCUGGGCACCCCACAGACACCCCUCCAGCUGGGGAUGGUGGCCCGGCCACCGCUGCUGCCACCACAGCCCCCCCGGCUCAACGCACCCCAGCAGGGCCCAGCUCUGGCCCCCCACAUGGGCAUGGGCUCUGGGCAGCCCCACGUGCUGUCGUCCCCCCACGGGGUGCAGGUGGCCCUGGGGCAGCCCCAGCAGAGCCAGCAGCAGGUGCUGGUGCAGAAACCGAUGGCCGGGGUGCAGCCCCCCAGCCUGGGCCUGAAGCCCCCCCAGCUCGUCAUGCAACAGCAGUUGGCCAACAGCUUCUUCCCAGACACAGAUCUGGACAAGUUUGCGGCCGAGGACAUCAUGGACCCCAUAGCCAAGGCCAAGAUGGUGGCACUGAAGGGCAUCAAGAAGGUGAUGGCUCAGGGCAGCAUUGGAGUGGCCCCAGGCAUGAACAGGCAACAGGUUUCCCUGCUGGCCCAGCGGCUCUCGGGGGGCCCGGCUGUCUCUGACAUGCAGAACCACUUGCUGGCAGGGGGUGGGCAGGAGCGGAGCGGCACAGACCCAACCCAGGCUCGCCCCAACCCACCCACCUUUGCACAGGGCGUCAUCAACGAGGCUGACCAGCGGCAGUACGAGGAGUGGCUGUUCCACACGCAGCAGCUGCUGCAGAUGCAGCUGAAGGUGCUGGAGGAGCAGAUCGGGGCGCACCGCAAGUCCCGCAAGGCGCUGUGUGCCAAGCAGCGCACGGCCAAGAAAGCCGGCCGGGAGUUCCCCGAGGCUGACGCCGAGAAGCUGAAGCUGGUGACGGAGCAGCAGAGCAAGAUCCAAAAGCAGCUGGACCAGGUGCGGAAGCAGCAGAAGGAGCACACCAACCUCAUGGCCGAGUACCGCAACAAGCAGCAGCAGCACCAGCACCAGGCCUCGGCCGUGAUGGCGCUGAGCCCCUCGCAGAGCCCCCGCCUCAUGUCCAAGCUGCCGGGACAGCUCCUGUCGGCACACGGCGUGCAGCAGCCCGGUGGAGCCCUGGUGGGAGCCCAGGGCCUCGGGCAGCAGCCGGGGCAGCCCGGGGGGCUGCGCCUGCCCCAGGGUGGCGUGUCCAUGCAGGGCCUGUCCUUCAUGGGGCAGCAGCCCGUGGGGAACGCCCCGGGACCCGGCUCCUCUGGUGCUUUCUUCAGCGGGAACCCCGCGCUGCGCGGGCUGGCCGCUGACAGCCGCCUGAUGCAGGAGAGGCAGCUCCAGAGGAUGCAGCUGGCGCAGAAAUUGCAGCAGCAGAACAUGCUGGGACAGGUGGCACUGCAGCAGCAGCCAGGUGUGAUGGGACAGGCGUCAAUGCAACAGCCAGGUGUGAUGGGACAGGUGUCGCUGCAGCAGCCGGGUGUGAUGGGACAGGCACCCAUGCAGCAGCAGGGCGUGAUGGGACAGACAUCAAUGCAGCAGCCGGGUGUGAUGGGACAGGCAGCCAUGCAGCAAUCAGGUGUGAUGGGACAGGCACCCAUGCAGCAAUCAGGUGUGAUGGGACAGACGUCGCUGCAGCAAUCAGGUGUGAUGGCACAAGCAUCGAUGCAGCAACAGGGCGUGAUGGGUCAAUCCUCCAUGCAGCAGCCGGGUGUGAUGGGGCAGGCGUCGCUGCAGCAGCCAGGUGUGAUGGCACAAGCAUCCAUGCAGCAGCCAGGUGUGAUGGGACAGACGUCGAUGCAGCAACAGGGUGUGAUGGGGCAGGCGUCCAUGCAACAGCCGGGUGUGAUGGGACAGAGCUCGAUGCAGCCACAGAGCAUCAUGGCACAGACGUCCAUGCAGCAGCCAGGUGUGAUGGGACAAGCUCCAAUGCAACAGGCAGGUGUGCUGGCCCAGACAUCGCUGCAGCAGCCAGGCAUGAUGGGCCAGGCAUCCAUGCAGCAGCCAGGCGUGCUGGGCCAGGCCCCAGUGCAGCAAACAACCGUGCCAGGGCAGCCAGGCCUGCUGGGGCAGCAGCAGCAGCAGCAGCAGCCCCCAGCCCCACCGCCCGGCGCAGGGGCUCAGCCCAUGGUGCCGAAGCAGCCGGGGCUGCUGGGCAGCCAGCAGAGCCUCCUGGUGCAGCAGCUCUCACCCCAGCAGCAGCCAGGCGUGCUGGGCCACGCACCAGGGCUGCAGCACCAGCCUGUGCUGGGCCACCCCCCACCCCAGCGCCAGGUUGUCCUGGCCCCCCACCAGCAGCGGGUGCUGGGCUCGCCCCAGCUGGCGCCGCAGACUCCGGGGAUGCUGAGCCACCGGCUCGUGCUAUCCCAGCAGCUGGGGCAGUCCCGGGCACUGCUGACCCCGCAGCAGCAGCAGCAGCAGCAGCAGAACUCAGCGGCUGCCCAGCCAGGUCUCCUGGGGCUGGGCCAGGGGCAGCCCUCGAUCCAGCACUUUCCGCAGCACGGGGCGGGGGGCCAGGCCCCCUCUGUGCUGCACCUGAGUCAGGGAAUGCAGCCGGCCCCGGCCGUCCUGGCUGCCAAGGACCAGCCCGCGGGGAUGGACGGCAGCGCCCUGCACGCCGAGGGCGGCGACAGCGGGGCGCAGCUGCACGGGGAGCAGCAGGGAGCCCUCAACCCCCCGGGGCUGGGGGAGCCCCCGGCCCCCAAACACCAGGCUGAGCUGGGGCAGGGCCAGCAGCUCCUCUUGACCUCCCCACAGCCGGGUGUGAUGCGGGCAGCCCCCGGGCAGGCAGGUGCCCUUCUUGCCCCAUCGCUGCAGAGCACUGGGGCUGUGCACCCCGAGCUGUCCCAGCAGCAUGGGGACACGGCCGGGGUGGCAGAGACAGCGCUGGGCUGUGGGACAGGCCCAGCACAGGCCAUGGUGCCGGCACUGCGGCCCCCAGAGCAGCCAGGCAAGGGGGUGGCAGGGGCCCUGCCAGGGCAGCCACAGCCCCCACGGCUCCAGAGCCCCGUUCAGCACAAAGUGGGGCCGGCGUCAGGCACGGCCACUCUCCCCCCGGCUCUCCUGGGGCAGGUGCCAGGGCCGGUGAUGGGCCAGAUCCGGGCACAGCUCCAGGGUGUCCUGGCCAAGAACCCGCAGCUGCGGCAUCUGACGCCGCAGCAGCAGCAGCAGCUCCAGGCGCUCCUGGUGCAGCGGCACCAGCAGAGCCUGCUGCAGCAGAACCAGGCACUACGGACCCCUGGCCCCUUCCCCGGGCAGGCCCCGGACUACAGCCUGCCUGCUACCCGCCAGCCCCCUCGUCCCAUGGGGCCCCUUUUCCAGCCCCGGCCGGGUGCCCCAGCAGAGGCACAGAGCAGCUCUGCCACCGAGCCGGGCCGGGUUCUGCCAGGGCAGCCCCCCCAGCAGCCCCUGGCUGAGCUGGUUCAGGCAGCUCUGGCUGCCCGUGGCCCCCAGCCCGGCCUCAUUCGCCUCCCCACGCCACCAGCCCCCUCGCCCCUGGGCUGUGCCCCCCAGCACCUGGCCAGCCCUGAGCAGAGCCCCCAAGAGCCAAAGAAGACGUCACCGGGGAUCCCGGCCUUGGCCCCCAGCCCUGCGGCACCCACGGAGCCGGGGCUGGCACCCACGCCAGGCACUGCCCUCCCUGACCCAGCACACGGCCCCUGGGACCCCGAGGUGCCUGGGGUGGACCCAGCUGACCCUGGUGAGACCCACAUCAACGGGGCUGUGCCAGAGGGGGCCCCUGCGGCGGGUGAAGCCCCCCAGGUGCUGGUGAAGCAGGAGCCGAAGGAGGAGGCAGCGGCAGUGGUGCAGUGUGAGGUGGAUGGAGACGAGACAGCAAAACCAGAGGCCAACGGGGACCCUGGGGACAGCCAAGCCAACAACCUGCUGGCCCCAGGUGGGCGCUCCGAGGCUGGGCACCUGCUGCUGCAGAAGCUGCUGCGGGCCAAGAAUGUGCAGCUCUCAGCGCAGAGCCCGGGCGAGCUCAAUGGGCACCUGGAGAACCGGAGCACCGGGACGGAGCCACGGCCGCAGUCACUGCUGCUGGGCCGGGAGGACCCCUCCAUCGCCAGGAAGCCAGCGCCCACCAAGCCUAAGCGGGUACAGAAAGGCAACGAGCGCAUGCCAGCGUCCCGCAAGAAGCUGCGGAAGGAUGAGGGGCUGCGUCCUGGUGAGGCCCUCAUGAAGCAGCUGAAGCAGGAGCUGUCGCUGCUGCCGCUGACGGAGCCGACCAUCAUGGCCAACUUCAGCCUCUUCGCACCGUUUGGCAGCAGCCCCAUCAACGGCAAGAGCCAACUCCGGGGCGCCUUCGGCAGCGCCGUGCUCGACAGCGUCCCCGACUACUACUCCCAGCUGCUCACUAAGAACAACCUCAGCAACCCACCCACGCCACCCUCCUCGCUGCCCCCCACACCCCCUCCCUCCGUGCAGCAGAAGAUGGUGAACGGUGUCACGGCCCCUGAAGAACUGGGGGAGCAGCCCAAGGACGCCGACCCAGCCCGCGAGCCCCACGGCCAGAAAGAUGCACCAGCUGUAGAGGUGAAGAGCCUGGACCUGCUGGCAGCGCUGCCCACCCCUCCACACAACCAGACUGAGGACGUCAGGAUGGAGAGCGACGACGAGAGCGACUCCCCCGACAGCAUCGUCCCUGCUUCAUCCCCCGAGAGCGUCCUGGGCGAGGAGCUGCUCCGCUUCCCGCUCCUCAGCGAGGCCAAGCCAGAGCUGGAGGAGCGUGUGCUGUCCCCCAUCAUCCCCAUCAUCCCCCGGGCCAGUAUCCCAGUGUUCCCCGACACUAAACCCUACGAGGUCACAGAGCCCUUUGGGGCUCCACCAGGGAAGGUGGGGGCAGCAGGCCCUGGAACCCCAUGGGAGAAGGGCAAGAGCAGCGAGGUCUCUGUCAUGCUGACGGUGUCUGCAGCAGCUGCCAAGAACCUCAACGGGGUGAUGGUGGCCAUGGCCGAGCUGCUGAGCAUGAAGAUCCCCAGCUCCUACGAGGUGCUGUUCCCCGACGGCCCCGUGCGAGCGGCUGUGGUUGAGGCCAAGAAGGUGGAGACUGACAUGGCCGGAAUGCUCGGAGGGAAGGAGAAGGCGCUGGCUGGGAAGGUUCCGGACAGCAGCUCGGAGUGGCUGAAGCAGUUCGAUGCGGUGCUGCCAGGGUACAGCCUCAAGGGCGAGCUGGACCUCCUGACACUGCUCAGACAGGAGAGCCCUGCUCCCGAGAAGACCCUUCACCACUGCUACGUCAACAAUGUCUCCAACCUGGACGUGCGGCAGCUCUCUGUGCUGCCCCAGGAGCCCUCGCCCCCGCUGUCCCCUUCUGUCCCCUCCCCAUCCAGCCCCGCUGAGCCCACCAGGGUCCCUGACCCUGAGGCGUCCCACGAGGCAGCCGCAGCUCCGUUGUCACCGCUGCCACCAGCCCCCUCGCCAGCCCCGCAGGAGGAAGGGGCCGCGGCCGCCCACUCCCCGCCCCGGUUCAAGCCGCGCUCGCGGCCGCCGGAGGACGGGGACGAGGCGAGGCCGCGGCUGAAGAAGUGGAAGGGGGUGCGCUGGAAACGGCUGCGCUUCCUCGUCACCAUCCAGAAAGGGGGGGCCAAGCACGACGGCGACAAGGAGAUCGCCGAGUUCAUCGACAAGCUGGGCACCACGCUGCGCCCCGAGAAGGUGCCGCAGGACCUGCGCAAGUGCUGCUUCUGUCACGAGGAGGGAGACGGCGCCACGGACGGGCCGGCCCGCCUGCUCAACCUUGACCUCGAUCUCUGGGUCCACCUGAACUGCGCCCUGUGGUCCACGGAGGUGUACGAGACUCAGGGAGGGGCCCUGAUCAACGUGGAGGUGGCGCUGCACCGCGGGCUCCUCACCAAGUGCUCCCUGUGCCAGAAAACCGGUGCCACCAACAGCUGCAACCGCAUCCGCUGCCCCAGCGUGUACCACUUCGCCUGCGCCAUCCGCGCCAAGUGCAUGUUCUUCAAGGACAAGACCAUGCUGUGUCCCCUGCACAAGCUCAAGGGGCCCUGCGAGCAGGAGCUCAGCAGCUUCACCGUGUUCCGCCGCGUCUACAUCGAGCGGGACGAGGUGAAGCAGAUCGCCAGCAUCAUCCAGCGCGGCGAGCGGCUCCACAUGUUCCGCGUGGGCGGCUUGGUCUUCCACGCCAUCGGGCAGCUGCUGCCACAUCAGAUGGCCGAUUUCCACAGCGUCACUGCCCUCUACCCCGUGGGCUACGAGGCCACGCGCAUCUACUGGAGCCUGCGGACCAACAACCGCCGCUGCUGCUACCGCUGCACCAUCUGCGAGAACAACGGGCGCCCCGAGUUCGUCGUGCAGGUCAUCGAGCAGGGCCUGGAGGAUCUUGUCUUCUCCGACUCGUCGCCACAAGCUGUCUGGAACCGGAUCAUCGAGCCGGUGGCGAUGAUGAGGAAGGAGGCCGACAUGCUGCGGCUCUUCCCCGAGUACCUGAAGGGCGAGGAGCUCUUCGGCCUCACGGUGCACGCGGUGCUGCGCAUCGCCGAGUCGCUGCCAGGCGUUGAGAGCUGCCAGAAUUAUCUGUUCCGCUACGGGCGCCACCCCCUGAUGGAGCUGCCGCUGAUGAUCAACCCCACCGGCUGCGCCCGCUCCGAGCCCAAGAUCCUCACCCACUACAAGCGGCCCCACACCCUGAACAGCACAAGCAUGUCCAAGGCCUACCAGAGCACGUUCACCGGCGAGACCAACACGCCCUACAGCAAACAGUUUGUGCACUCCAAAUCCUCCCAGUACCGGCGCCUGAAGACGGAGUGGAAGAACAACGUGUACCUGGCACGGUCCCGCAUCCAAGGGCUGGGGCUCUACGCGGCCAAGGACAUCGAGAAGCACACGAUGGUCAUCGAGUACAUCGGCACCAUCAUCCGAAAUGAGGUGGCCAACAGGCGGGAGAAGAUCUACGAGGAGCAGAACCGCGGCAUUUACAUGUUCCGCAUCAACAACGAGCACGUCAUUGACGCCACGCUGACGGGGGGCCCGGCCAGGUACAUCAACCACUCGUGUGCCCCGAACUGCGUGGCCGAAGUCGUGACCUUCGACAAGGAGGACAAGAUCAUCAUCAUCUCCAGCCGGCGCAUCCCCAAGGGGGAGGAGCUCACCUACGACUACCAGUUCGACUUCGAGGACGAUCAGCACAAGAUCCCCUGCCACUGUGGAGCUUGGAACUGCAGGAAGUGGAUGAAUUAACUGGGAAAAAGGGGCUGGGGGCUGCCACCCCCUCCUCAGAGACCUCGCCGAGCCCCCCAGGGCUGCAGGAGGUGCCAGGGGCUGCCGGGCGCUGAGGGAGAGCAGCGGCUGCGGCGCUGCCGGCCCUGCCCGAGCGGGACGGACGGACAGAUGAACUGGCAACUCAGGGUUUUCUUUGCUUCGUCCUGCGAGGAAAAAAGAAAAAAACAAAACAAAAAAAGGAGUGAGGGGGCUCAGAAACGCCCCCUUCACCACCCCCUGCCUGCCUCCCUCGUGGGGGAGUCACGGGGGAGCAGCGCCGGGCCCAGCGCGGCCGGAGCGAUUGUGCGGAGCCGGUCUGGAUAUAACGAUUAUUUUAUUUUAUUUUAUUUUUUUGUUUCCUUUUUUUGUUGUUGUUGUUUUAUGUUUCUUUUUUUUUUUUUCUUUUUUUUUUUUUUUUUUAGAAACUAAUAAUAUUUGCUCGCUAAUUACCAAGGUAACACAGACUCCUUGAGCUCGACAAUCCGGGCUCUGCCCCGCCCGGCGUGGCGGCCAGAGCUCGCUCGGUUCCUUUGAUCUCUUUUUUGUUUGUGCGUGUGGACGAGACCCCGGAGCGGCGGCGGGAUGCAGCCAAGACCCCGACAGACACAAGGAGCUUCUGCACCCAAACCUACCUCAUUUUAAGUGUUAGAUUUGUUUCUUUUUAUUUGUUGUUGUUUUUAAAUGUGAGCCCCCCUCCAUCCCAACCUUUCCCCUCCCUCUGAGAAGGGGGGGGGUCUUUCCUUCUCCCUCGGGCUCCAGAGGAUGCAGCUUCCCUGUGUCCCCCCUCCUUCAAGGUGUCCUGAGGAGGGGGACACGGGGACACCCCCUCCUUGUCCCCCCCCUCAGGAGGUCCCAGCCGUGCCAAGGUGUGAGGUGGGGAUGGGGGUGGGGGGACCCCAGACCCUCUCCCCCAGCUCUGGUGGGGGGCUGGGGGCGCUGGGUGGGGACCCCUCCUUCUCACACGAGGCCCCCACGGCUGGAGGGGCUGGGUGGAGCCCCCCCCUCCCCGCUCCCCCUUGGCCCUCCCAGCCGGGGCUGCACUGGAGGGGGAAGGUUAUUUAUCUAUUUAUACCUUAUAUUGUAUAUACUAGACGGGGCUGGGGGGGGGGCUCUUUGUGCUCUGCUGGGCUGAGAUUUGGGGGUGCAGGGGCGAAACGGGGGGGGGUUGGUUUCAAACCCAGUCUCCGAGGGUGGUGCAGGGGGUGUGGGGAGAGGGGGUCUCCUCUCUCUGAAACCCCCCUGCCAGGCAGGGGCGGCCUCGGAGAGCGAAGCAGCGAGUGGGCAUUAACACCCCCGGCCCCCCAACCCACCCCGGGGUCCCUGCCCGCCCCCUCCCCACUCCGGGGGAGGACCCCGGGGGGCGCCGGGAUCUCUUAACGCACAAACACGGCGCAAGGGAGGGAUGGAGGGAGGGAAGGAGGGACCCUCCUGCUCCUGGAGGAUGGAGGGGAGAGGGGGUCUGACGGGGGGUGCUGCCCCCUCCCCGCCCCGGUGCAGUGGGGGCCGGGGCCGAUCUUGAAAAGCUGCUUCCGCAAACUCGUCAAAGCUGCAAAAAAAAAAAAAAUUAAAAAAAAAAAAAAAAAAAAAUCCCGACAAAAACAAAAAAGGUUUAAGGUAAAAAGGUUUAAAAAAAAGAAAAUAAUAAAAUUAAAAAAAAAAAAAAAAGGAAAAGCGCGAGUGGGGGGGAUGAGAAAGUUUUAACAGAAAAUAUACGAGAAAUUUAACUUUCAGAGGUGUACAUAGGCCGGGGCGUGUAGAAAUCCCGUUUUUACCAAUACCGGAACCACUGGAUGUUAUUUUAAAUAAAGCGCGUGAGAAGCC